UUCCGCUUCGUCUUCCACCUUGCCUAAUCCGGCUCCCGCUCCCCACCCUCGUGCUCCUACUCGCUCCCCCCCUCCAAUCGCCUCCGCGCCGCCUAUAUAACCCCCGCCCCACCCAGGCAGCCGCCUCCCCUCCCCAAUCCGACGGCGCCGAGGUAGCUAGGUCACGAGGAUCCCCAUUCCGGACCGCCGCUAGGCUGGCUGUCUUUCUUGCUGCCGCCGCCAGCCUUGGCUAACCGCCGUCCGGCCUGGUAGGCGGCGCCCAUCCUCCCGGCCAUGGGUGGCCGCAAUCGGCGAUGGCACGCGAAGCGCUACCACGGCGGCUCUCCGAACCCUCCUCGUCCCUCGCUUCCGUCGUAUCCUGGCCUUCCUGGAUAUGAUCACGUGGACAAUCAAUGCCCAGUCCCACUAUGGGAAAGGGAAUUUUGCAGUUAUGUUGGCGGCAUUUCCUGGCCAAGGUUCUGCGAAAAUAAAUACUUUUCUUAUAUUUACAAAGAGAUAGAUCAAUGGGACGACUCAGCAGCAUUUGAGAAUUUCCAGAAGGCGAAGUCAAGAUUCUGGUCUCACUAUCAUGGCCAACCAUCUGAUAUACCUUUACCUGACCCUGAUCUGUACAUUGAGAAGGUUGAUCACCGCUGCGAAGUCGACCCUGAGUUGGUAGCUGACCUGGAAAUGGUAGGGCUACCAUUUGAGGCGGACAAUGAGUCCGCCAUAGCUGCCAAUAAAAAGUCCCAGAACCAGUCUGGAAACUGGGACAUAUAUGUAGAGAAGCCGGCUGAAGUCAACAAGUGGGAGGAGGACAACUCAAGAUCCAACACGGGUUGGGGAGUGAAUCCUGACCCUUUGAAUGGUUGGAAUAAAAUCAGCUCUGGCUGGGGUGAUGCUCUGGUGCAGCCCAGCUGGGGCAGCUCAGGCAACAACCAUUGUGCAGCAGAUAACUGGAACAGCUCCCAUGGAGCAUACAACAACCACCCUGCAGCAAAUAACUGGAGCAGCUCCCAUGGAGCGCCCAACAACGCGUACCAGGAUCCAAGCAGCACAUACCAGGAUCCAAGGAGCGCAUAUGGCAGGAAAAGGAACGGCGGUGGAUACUCCCAGCAGAGGAACAGCAGGUCAAGGCACCAGGCUGAGGACUACCAGAGGGGCAGAUGGCAAGAUCACAGGGGGAGGAAUAGCGAGCGCUUUCCAUUUGACAAUAGGCCAAAUGGACAGAGAGCAGAGCGUGGAUUUUGAGUUGGUGCUGUGAAAGAACAUGUGGGAAGGUUGGCUGGGUGAUAAAUUACCCAUCUUCUCGUUUCUUUUGCCUGGAGCUGUGUGUGUAAUGGUUGGAUGUUACCCACCUUCUCGUUUCUUUUGCCUGGAGCUGUAUGUGUAAUGGUUGGAUGUUGGAUGUUUAAAGAUGUUCCCUGUAAGGAAAUGUUCUGGGUUAUGUUGCUCCUCUUUGAGA